CACACCACACCACAGCUCAGAGUCAGAGCUUCUCCUCAUCAUCUUGUAGAAAGAGUGAGAGUGAGGUUGGCAAAGGGUAUAUAGGGGUCGUUCUUGGCCAAAUCUCUUCUCCCGCUUGGAUCCUUCUUCUCUCCCUGCUUCGUUAUCAGCAGAUCGAUCGUGGCUAGCUAGCUGCGUAGCACCGUGUAUGCAGCACCAGGUCCAGGAUCACCACCAGGCCAUGGGCGACACGCUGUGGGACCUGCUCGGGGAGGAGAUGGCGGCGGCGGGCGGCGAGCACGGGCUUCCCCCAGGGUUCCGGUUCCACCCCACCGACGAGGAGCUGGUGACCUUCUACCUGGCGGCCAAGGUGUUCAACGGCGCCUGCUGCGGCAUCGACAUCGCCGAGGUGGACCUCAACCGGUGCGAGCCGUGGGAGCUCCCCGACGCGGCGCGCAUGGGGGAGCGCGAGUGGUACUUCUUCAGCCUCCGCGACCGCAAGUACCCCACGGGCCUCCGCACCAACCGCGCCACCGGCGCCGGCUACUGGAAGGCCACCGGCAAGGACCGCGAGGUGCUCAACGCCGCCACCGGCGCGCUCCUCGGCAUGAAGAAGACGCUCGUCUUCUACAAGGGCCGCGCGCCGCGCGGGGAGAAGACCAAGUGGGUCCUCCACGAGUACCGCCUCGACGGCGACUUCGCCGCCGCUCGCCGCCCAUGCAAGGAGGAAUGGGUGAUCUGCAGGAUACUGCACAAGGCAGGCGACCUGUACAGCAAGCUGAUGAUGGUGAAGAACCCCUACUACCUCCCCAUGGCAAUGGAACCCUCCAGCUUCUGCUUCCAGCAGGAGCCCACCGCGCAUCCCCUCACAAACCCUAGCGGCGGCUGCACAAUACCCCUCGGCCUCCCCUUCCACCACGGCCACCCCGGCAUGCAGCCGCCGUCGCCGAGCAACCAUGGCAACAAGCAGGUCGUCUUCGCCGGGGCAGCGGGCUGCUGCAUGCAGCAAGAGCCGCCAAACGGCAGCAACAGCGCCGUGCUGCCCAUGCCGCCGUUCCCUCCCUUCACUCCCAUCGUCGCUGGCAAGCCGGCGGCCCCGGCGCCACCGCCCCAGGUCGGGGUCAACGCCGGUCCACAGGAGCCACCGCCACCAACCUGGCUGGAGGCCUACCUGCAGCACAGUGAUGGGAUCCUUUAUGAGAUGGGCCCAGCUGCAGCGCCCAGGGGCGCAUGAUCCGGACCGUUGGUUCCUUAGGGUUACCCUACUGAACACUGAUGAUCCAUCGAUUUACCUGGCCUGGAGUACUGCCCAGCUAGCUAGUUUCUAAGUGUCAUAUUUCGACAAGCACUUGUAGUUAUUAGACAGACUAUCUUAUA